CAAUUGGGCAUUUGAGCAUGAUGAAAAUGCAACCAAAAGCUUCAAACUCAAUCAUCCUAACACUGAAGUUUACCAUGUUAAUUGUGCUGUGAUGCUGAGAAAUCUCAUAAAGAUGCAUGGGAAUAUUGAUGAUUGCAUCUUUGACACUAAAUCUGCUUCACUGCAAAUAAAUCUAAACAAGGACCAAAAGGAGAUGCUGCCACAUAGGGGUGAAGUAGAACUUAAUCGUUGGGAGCCUUCCCAAGGUGACAGAUGGAAAUGACUUGAUUCACGAGCAUGAAUGGAAUAGGGCCACAACUCUUCUAUCCUAUGUUGAUUUCUUGCAACCCAAUUUCUUUUUGCUUGAGAGUGACAAGAAAUUGGUGACUCUCCCCACUAAUCAGAUCUUUCGUUUAACUAUUUCUACACUCUUGCAUCUGGGUUAUCAGGUGAGGUAUGGUAUCAUAGAAGCCGGAUGUCAUGGUGUUCCUCAAGCUGGAAGGAAGUCUUUCAUAAUUGCAGCUUAUCAUGAUGAAAUCUUACCUGAAUGGCCAGAGCCAAUGCAUGUUUCCUUGUGCACUAAUGGUGAUAGAGGUGCCCCGUUUCGUUCAAUAACUGUCAAGGACUCCAUUGGUGAUCUAAUGCUUUGUUUGGAUUUGAAUCUCGAAGAAGGUCUUUCAUAUUUUAAAAAUCAACCUGUUUCAUGGUUCCAAAGCAUCAUUCGGGGGAACCAGAAGGUCUUGAAAGAUCAUAUAGCAUUUAAUUCAAAAUGGGUUGAUUUGAAUUGGGUGAGAGAGCAAUUAUUCAAAGAGGAUCUGGAUACUAAUUUGCAAGUCCAACAGGUACACAAGAAAAUACAGGGGCUCUUUGGAAAGUUGGAGUGGGUAGGUAAGUUCCCAUCCUCUAGUCCUCAUCCCAAGCCCAUUGGAAAGCUGGGAACUUGGUCUCAUCCAAGCCAUAACAGACCUCUCACUGUUCGUGAAUGCGCUCGUGCUCAAGGAUUUUCAGAUAGCUACAUAUUCUGUGGUGAUGACAUUCAUGAAAAGCAUCAACAAAUUGCGAGCUCAGUUUCUCCAGUCGUGGCUAUGGCCCUCGGCAAGAAACUACUCGAAGCUGUCCAAGCCAAACACAAACAAUCUUCAUCUUGAAGUUUUAUAUUCUCUCUCUUUCUCAUUCUGUAGUACGUGAUCUCUUGAAGUUGUAUUUGUGAAAAAAAAUUGUAUAAGCCAUUCA